AUGCAUAUUCUUGGUCCUCACUUUAUGCUCUGGUUUUCUGCCUUGUUGAAAAUUUGGGGCUCAUCUUCAAGAACUGGUGGGCUGUCUGUCAUGGAGAAGUUGCACAGACGUGUGCCCCUGUGUGCAACAGGCACAGUGGCUGUCAUUGGGGAAUCCUAUGCUCGGAUUUUCUUCCGGAAUGCCAUGGCCACGGGUGAGUUGUACCCCAUUGAAUCGGAAGAAAGGCUCUGCGAUGUCUUUCAAACAGGUACCGAAGUCGAGCUGGAUCUAGAGGGUAAUACCAUACGCAAUGUUGAGUCUGGGGAGACAUAUCCACUGAAGCCCUUGGGAGAGGCUCGGCCAGUUAUUGCUGCAGGAGGGAUUUUCGAGUUUGCUCGACGGCAAGGAUUGAUAAAGACGAAAACUACCUAG